AUGGAUGUAAAGCUUAGUAUUUUAAAGGCAAACUCGUUGGGCCAUUAUUAUGAAGUUUUAACAGGAAAAAACAUAACUGACAAACAUAUUAGAAAAGUUGAUAGGGAAAGUUUAUGUUUAACUUCCUAUUUAAGUCAAAGUGAUGUAAACUCUAGGAUAAAAGUUGACUAUGACACUAACAUUUAUGAAACUAAGUUAGGCUUUGAAAACAACUCAAAUGAUGCAAUUGACUUUGACUGGCCUAGCGAUGAUGAUUCUAAGAUUAAGACUGAAAAGAUUGUCAUAGACAUUCCGAUUAAGAAAGAAAUUGAAGUGAAAUCAGAACGAAAGCGGAAGCUUAAACAGCCCAAGCCACAAAGGUGGAUAAGAAAGAAAAAAGAUCCACAGGGAUUAGGCGGAGUCAAAAAGAGAAAUCGACCCAAAGCUUUACCAGCUACAGUGACUAAUACAGUUGAUGAUAAGGAAUUGUUUAAACAUGUUGCUGUUGUUAAUUUAACAGUUGAAGAGCAGUUUGAAGAAGUGCAAAGACGGAAAGAAUCCAGUAAUUACCAGAACUCCUUCUACAAAUGCGAGAUUUGUUAUAAGGGAUUUGUUGACGUUAGAGCUUGGGAGAAUCAUAAUAAACAGCACAGUGAGGGCGUGGUGGAGUGCGACAUCUGCAAGCUACGGUUCCGUUCGAAGCACAUCCUGAGCAAACAUGUUAAAUACCACAGCACUAAGUAUCACUGCCUGCAGUGUCCCUAUGUUUCACGUGGCUCAUCCCAGGCGAAAUUGCAUAUACUUUGGCACAGAGGGGUCACGUACGACUGUGAACAUUGCGGCGAAAAGUUUCGACAGCGCAUGUCGUUUAUAACGCACCUAAGAAUGAAGCACGCUUCAGAUUGGGUUUGCGGCGUGUGUGGCAAUACUUUUGUGUCCCAGCUCGGCCUCCUUCAACACAAAAGCCAGAGGCAUGUUGAUCUCGAUAAGACUGAUUUAGAAGAUAAUCCAGAAGCUCCUUUCUGCGACAUGUGUAACGUUAAGUUUGCGUCACCCGAGGCUUUUAAGCGACACUUGGUAACGGCGAGAAAGCAUAUAUCGAUGUCUGAAAACAAGUACGGUUGUCGUGAGUGUGGCGAAUCAUACAAGACUGCGCGAGAGUUGCGCGCGCACACGAAAUCUCGGCGCGAGUGUCUGCGAAAGCCCAACUAUUCCACAUCGCCUGUCACCAAAAACGGUGACCCCAAGUCCUGGCCAAUGAAUUGUCCUCACUGUGGGAAAGAGAUAGCGAACGCCCACUCGUAUUGGUGGCACUUCAAGUCUUCGCAUCCGGACAAGGAGUACUACGCGGGUACGGACUCUAUAUGUGACGUAUGCGGUAAGGGCUUUCCGAAACGAAUGCUCGGCGCUCACAUGGCGAAUCACUCAAAACGCUACGCGAACGACAACGAGAGCGAGGAGAAAUGCGAGAUUUGCGGUAAAACGUUCUCGAAGCGGUCUUCUCUGUACUCCCAUCGGAGGACGCACUCUGAGGCGAGGCCGCAUGUCUGCACCGUUUGCGGAAUGGGAUUUAAGGCCAAGAGUGUCUUACUACGGCACGGACUGGUCCAUACGGGUGAAAAGCCCUACACUUGCGAGAUCUGCGGCAAGUCCUUCAGCCAGUCGAACACUUGCCAACAGCACGUGCGCACAGUGCACCACAAGCUGCCCCCUCUCUACAUCAGCCGGUCCAAGCGAGAGCGGAUGAUGCGGAGACAGUGCAACGAAUAA